CCUCACAGCCACUGGGUUCAGCUAUAUUGUCUUGGUUUUACUGGACAAAAGUAUGUCGCUACUAGAACCCGUGUUAAUACCUUUUUGAAUUAAUCUUCUUGAUACUGCUUAAAAAAACAAAUAAUCGCUGCUGAGGAACGAUUGAAAAUUCCAGGCAUUAAGUAUUACGGCUUGUGUCUCGUUCAAUUAAAUCUUCUUCAAGCUCGAUUAGAUUAAAUGGUACGAGUUUCUCAAACGAACUCCUAACUUUGAUUGUUGGCGUAGACGUAACAACUGACAGAAAACUGUAAAAAAAAAAUAAAAGUGGUUAUUUUAUAAAAUAUAAUCUUAGUGAGCUAACCUACUUAUUACUAAAAUAUUGAUCGAGAAAUAAUUAAAAAUAAAUUAUUUAUUUCUCUCCAAGGAAGAAAAGAAUUUAAAAUAUAAUCUUAGUGAGCUAACCUACUUAUUACUAAAAUAUUGAUCGAGAAAUAAUUAAAAAUAAAUUAUUUAUUUCUCUCCAAGGAAGAGAAGAAUUAAGAUGGCUAAUUCAGACACGAUCCAAGUAAGUUCCUUACCUUUACCGCCGCUCCAAUACAUAAACUUGUACACUGACGAAAAUGUACGCCGAGGGAGAGCACCCAAACCUCCACCGCCUAUCCUUGACAGCUAUUCUAUGUUUGGGAAUGGUUUCACUGCAGACGAUACUAUUAUCAGGCCUCUGGAGGCUCAGGGUAUCAGGAGACUUUAUCCUCAGAACUUUGAUCGGCGUCGGGAGCUGAAAAAACUCAACCACUCACUUCUGGCCAACUUCUUGGACCUUAUUGAUCUUCUGGUGCAUUGUCCAGACAGCCCUAAAAGGGCAGAGAAGGUUGAAGAUUUAAGCCUACUUUUUAUUCACAUCCAUCAUCUACUAAAUGAAUUCCGACCGCACCAAGCUCGAGAAACUUUGAGGGUGAUGAUGGAGCUGCAGAAGCGACAGCGGAUAGAAACAGCGCUAAGAUUUCAGAAACAUUUAGACCGAGUUCAGAAAAUCCUCCAGCAUGCGUUGCAGACGUUACCAGAUACGUCAGAAUUAGAUUGCAAGUUGUCAAUCAAGACUGAGACCAUGGACUGCAGCGAUAGUUUGAGUUCCGAGCAGCAGAACACUGAUCCUUGCAGUACGAAUGACAGGAUAAUGUGCAAAAUGAUCGACGAUAUAAUAACGUCUAAUAUUUUUUAAUUUAGCCGGGUAAUUUUAUUUAAAUUUGUAAGUAUCUUACGUAAUUUUUUAAAUCUGAUGUAUAUAUU